ACCAAUUAAAAAGACACUCUAUAUGUAUCUUUUCCAGAAUAGACAUGUAUCAGUGAAGUUAAUUUAAUAUUAAAUCAAGAACACAGGAAGAUGCAAGUCCCUUUUCCAUAAGAAAAAUGCAUAACCCAACUUUUCUUUAUUUAAAGCACUGUGAGCAGGUGGUUUCAUCAGGGAAGAGACUCUAUUGUAGGAAAGCAUUUAGAUUAAUUCUAACUUUCCUUCGCAUAAAGUGAGGAGAGAAUGACAGCAGAGACAGUCUAAUGCAUGAUGAAAUUUACUAAGCAAAAUUUUAUUUUUUUAGUUGGUGGAAUUAUAAUUCAUGUAGUUGAUAUUGGAGUGGACUUCUGGGUAACUACUAAUUAUUUCUGUCAAGGACAAUAUUCUUGGGGUAUAUUGAUACUGUUUUUUAGAGGUCUAUCAUCAUUAAUAACUCAGAUAUUUAGUUAUGAGUGGUUUAAAAAUGACUGGGAAGAUACUGAUACUGGGAAGACAAAAUGGAUUUUUCUAGUUCAUCUCUUUCAGUGUGGAAUUUUUAUAAGGUAUUGGUUUGCUUUGAAGUAUGGCUGUCAAGCUGCAUUUAAACAAAACAGCAGCAGAGAUGCAUCAGAAAUAGACUCUCCCAGCUUCAUUCAAAAACAAGCCAUUGAUGUAAUGACUGAUAUUAGCAUGCUCAGAGUGUUCAAGACUUUUCUUGAGACAACACCCCAGCUUUUUGUCCAGAUUUACAUCCUCAUGGAACAUGGCAAAAAUAGUAUCUGUCAAUAUGCUGCUAUUUUCAUGUCUUUUUGUGGUAUCUCCAUUUCAACAGUUGAUUAUCAGGUAUCGUUACGAAAAUCUCUGCCCGAUAAAGAAGAAUUUCGUUUGCUUCCCAAGUUCGUAUAUCUCUUCUAUAAACUGCUUACCAUUACUUCUUGGAUACUCAGUAUUUCAUUGAUCACUCUACUAAGUUUUAAAACUUCUGUAAUUCUGCUGAUAUUUCUUUGGAUCUGUGGCUUCACUUGGACUUGGAAACAACAUACGACAUUUUGCAAGUCUAAGAGGUUGGAAUAUCUGUACAGAACUGUUGUUGGAAUCAUUCUAAUUUUUACCUUUUUUAAUGUAAAGGGGGGAAAAACAAGAGUCUGCAUUUCUAUUUAUUAUGCUACUCACACUGUUGUAACAGUAGGUAUUGUGUUUACAUGUAUGUUUUGGGAACCUGCAGUUAUCAAGGAAAUACAUUUUACCAUUCUGAGCAUCAUAGUUAUUCUUAGCCAGGUGUUGGGUAUUAUUUUUCUUGUUGUUUAUCAUAGGUGUUUUCAUCCCACUGCUUAUUGCAGACCACAGACAUAUCCAGAUGAAGUUGAUGAAAAAAGAGACAGAGUGGAAAUUGGUAGAUUUCAAAAUUUCAUAAUGCAAUAAAAUGGCAGAUUUUUGUGAGGACUUCAAAGCAAAUACUUGCUGGGCAGUCUGGCUCUCUGUCAUUGUUUCUCACGUAUCAUCACUGGGUAGCACAAA